AUGGGACUAAUUCUAUAUGAAUAUAAAGUAGUAGAACUGACGAGAAGGGCCGAUGCCAAUGACACCAGUAAAUACGUGGAUAGCGGGGGCUACUAUGGCUAUUCCUUUGGAUCUUCAUCAUGGCAGUGGGGACGGUGGAUUUUGUUUGUUUUAUUCAUUGCUGCUAUACUGAUAAUCAUAAUGUAUACGGCUUUGCUUAAUAAGAGAAGACGGAGGAUAGGGCGUGCUCCUAUAAGGGGUACUGCGUGGCUAACGCCUCCUUCAUACAGGCAGUCUCAGCAGCAACAAACCGGGACUAGGCAGCAACCCGCUGAUGAUUAUGUUCCUGAAUAUACAGAGACUGCCAAUGAACAUGACCUUGGGUACUACGACGAGCGAGGCGAGUUUCACCCUAAUGACAAGGUUGCACCCGCGCCUCCUGUGCAAGAGCUUUCGUCAGAGUCUGUUAACUCUUUGGAACGGCCUCCCGCUGCUGUGGUCCAUCAAACUAACUCUUCAGACAUGGAAGACGAUUUAACAAGACCGAAUAAUAGGCAAGUUCCGGUUGCAAGUGACAUGGGAGGUCAAACUCAGGAAUCUUUAGGGGUAAGCGGAACUCAGGAGAUCACACCGCCCGGGAGGGCAAAGCUGAACGCAAAUYAGUAA